GCUACGUGUCCCGCCGCCCUCAUUCGCGCUCCGCCUCCUGCAGGUGAGAAGGUGGUCAUCUCCUCCUGCUCCUCUGCACCCCCUCUCUGUGUGUCCAUAUCCCCCAGGCCGCUGUAGUGCGAGCUAGAGAGACAAGAGAGAAACCAAUCAGUACUCACAAGAUGUUCGGCUACUUCGCGGAGAAGCUCAACGUCAAGAACCUGGGCGAGCUGCUGGCGCCCACGCUCACGCCCGAGCAGGAGUUCCACGCCGCCAUCGAGCAGGGACUUCACGCCAAGUUCGUGAGCAUGCUGGAGGAGCAGAACAUGGACCCGAACGCCAAGAACGAGGCGGGCAACCUGCCCAUCCACACGGCGGCGUACUACGGCCGCGUGGACUUCCUGGAGCUGCUGCUGGCCCACAACGUGGACGUGAACGCCAUGUGCACGCGCCAGAACUCCCCGCUGCACUACGCAGCAGCGCAGAGCCGCGACGACGCUGUCAAGUACCUGGUGAACAAUGGCGCCAACCCCGCGCUGCGCAACCGCAGCGGCCGCACGCCGUACGACGUGGCCAAGGGCGACAACAUCCGCCAGUUCCUGCUGCCGCUGCAGUUCCGACACGAAGACCCGGCGCAGGCCGCGUCGAUGCUCCCGCCCGGAAUCACGCCGUCAGUGGACCCGAUGGCGCCUCGCCCGGUCAUUGCCCCGCCCCCGAUGAGCGGAGACUACUCGGCGAUGCAGGGCCCCCCGACGGGCAUGCCCCCGCAGCAGCAGACAGCGCAGAACAACCUGUAUGCCGCCGCCACGCACAGUGCCAUCCCUCGCGGCGGACCUUCUCGAUUCGCUCGCCCCAAGGACUACCGCCCCAUCCAGGCUGACGGAUUCGGCUCGAGUGUGGGCAACGAGGAGCUGACGGCCAAGUUCGGCAACAAGCGUGAGAUCAAGGUCACGGCGCCGCCCCCGUCGGCCAUGGCACCGCCGGCGCCCGCAUCAACUGACGCCCCUGCACCGGAGGGAGCUGCGCCUUCUCCUCCUGCUCCUGGUGUGAACCCGUACGCCUCCAACUACGCGCGCGGGCCGGCCCCAGGCGGCUACCCGGGCUACGCGCCUCCUAAUGCUGGCGUAGCAGCCCGCGGCCCGCCCCAGUUCAAGAUCUUUAACCCGAAGCUGGCCAACAAUGCAGAUGCCAACGCACCCGCUGCCGCUGCCCCCGCUGCGCAGCCUCCGGCGUUCGGCUCGGCGGCCCCUCCUCAGUACGCCCCGGCCCAGGCGGCUGCUUAUGACGCUCCUGCACAGGGCGAAGAAGUGAAUUUAUCGGCCAACGCGAGUGUGCUGCAGUAG